GCGUCCGCCGGAGUCCCGCCUCGGGGCGCGGUUCCCAGAGCUCCUCCGCGCUCCCUUGCUCCGCUCGCCAGCCCCGGCGGCCCAGGCCACGCCCCCAGCGGCCCAUUUGUUCGCUCGUCCGGCGGGCGCUCCCGCACACCCCUCCGUUGCUCGGGUCCCACCAGGCUGAGGCGCUGCUGCCGAGCGCGGAACCGAGACGUGGCUCCCGGGCGGAGGAGCCAUGUUGGACUUCGCGAUCUUCGCCGUUACCUUCUUGCUGGCUUUGGUGGGAGCGGUGCUCUACCUCUACCCGGCUUCCAGACAAGCUGCAGGAAUUCCAGGGAUUACUCCAACAGAAGAAAAAGAUGGUAAUCUUCCAGAUAUUGUGAACAGUGGAAGUUUGCACGAGUUCCUGGUUAAUUUGCAUGAGAAAUAUGGGCCUGUGGUCUCUUUCUGGUUUGGCAGGCGCCUUGUGGUUAGUUUGGGCACUGUUGAUGUGCUAAAGCAGCAUAUCAACCCCAAUAAGACGUCGGACCCUUUUGAAACCAUGCUAAAGUCAUUAUUAAGGUAUCAGUCUGAUAGUGGGAACGUGAGCGAAAACCUCAUGAGGAAAAAAUUGUACGAAAAUGGUGUGACUGAUUCUCUGCGGAGUAAUUUUGCUCUCCUGCUAAAGCUUUCAGAAGAAUUAUUGGAUAAAUGGCUCUCUUACCCAGAGUCCCAACAUGUCCCUCUCUCCCAGCAUAUGCUUGGCUUUGCGAUGAAGUCUGUUACGCAGAUGGUAAUGGGUAGUACAUUUGAAGAUGAACAAGAAGUCAUUCGCUUCCAGAAGAAUCAUGGCACAGUUUGGUCGGAGAUUGGAAAAGGCUUUCUAGAUGGAUCACUUGAUAAAAGUACAACUCGGAAAAAACAAUAUGAAGAUGCCCUUAUGCAACUGGAAUCUAUUUUAAAGAAAAUCAUAAAAGAACGAAAAGGAAGGAACUUCAGUGAACAUAUUUUCAUUGACUCCUUAGUACAGGGGGACCUUAAUGACCAACAGAUCCUAGAAGACAGUAUGAUAUUUUCUCUGGCCAGUUGCAUAAUAACUGCAAAAUUGUGCACCUGGGCAGUCUGUUUUUUAACCACCUAUGAAGAAGUUCAGAAAAAACUAUAUGAAGAGAUAGACCAAGUUUUUGGGAAGGGACCUGUAACUCCAGAGAAAAUUGAGGAGCUCAGGUAUUGUCGGCAAGUGCUUUGUGAAACUGUUCGGACUGCCAGACUGACCCCAGUUUCUGCCCGGCUUCAAGAUAUUGAAGGAAAGAUUGACAAAUUUAUCAUUCCUAGGGAGACCCUUGUCCUUUAUGCCCUUGGAGUGGUGCUUCAGGAUCCCAGUACUUGGCCAUCACCAUACAAGUUUGAUCCAGAGCGGUUUGAUGAUGAAUCGGUAACGAAGACUUUCUCCUUGCUUGGAUUCUCAGGCACACAGGAAUGCCCAGAGCUGAGGUUUGCAUAUAUGGUGACCACAGUACUUUUGAGUGUACUGGUGAGGAGACUGCACCUACUUUCUGUGGAGGGACAAGUUAUUGAAACUAAGUAUGAACUGGUAACAUCAUCCAAGGAGGAAGCUUGGAUCACUGUCUCAAAGAGAUAUUAAAAUUGUAUACACUUAACUUUGUUGAGGGAAAUGACCGUUUAGAAAAUAUGUAUUGAAUCCUUUUAUAAGCCAAGCAUCAUUGUAUAAUAUAAACACCUAUUAGUACUUCAUCAUGUGAAUUUGAAUUUUUGUAUAUCAGUUUCUUAAUGCAUCAUAUACUUUUAUACUUAUUGCAUCAAUAUAGUGAUAAAUUUAAUGGGACGACUUCUACUUUUAACUUUUGUUUUAUCAGUUUCUAUGUCAUUGUUUUCAUGUUCUUAGCCUUAGUUUGAUCUCUUAAAAUUAAUAUUCUUGAAGAGAAA